CGCGCAUUUUCGGAGGGUCCAGCGACCAACCCUCUGGUUUCUCUUUUCUUUCGUUUCGAAGCUCUGGAGAGCUUCUAUCAUCACUUCCCUUCUCCGACUCCUGCUCUCCGUGGGACUCGUCCUCUAGUUCAGUCCGGCUUCCAAUGGUCGUUUAAGCCACGCCUAUCCGUGGCGGACCUGUCUGACCGGCUCUCAAACGUGACCAACACCGACACGUUUCGUCACAUUUCUCUGUUCGCCUCUUCGCCGCAGAGCUGUUGAAUAUAUCUAUUCCCUUCCAUCCUAUCCAACACUCGCUCAAAGAAGGGCGUCGCCCUCGCCAUGCUCUCAUGGUCCCUAUCCCUUCUGCUAGCCCCGGCGCUAGCAGCAGCCAACUCCGCGGCUGACUAUUAUGUUCAUUCGUUGCCCGGCGCUCCAGAGGGCCCCUUAUUGAAGAUGCACGCUGGACACAUCGAGGUGGACCCCGAUAACAAUGGCAACUUGUUCUUUUGGCAUUAUCAGAAUCGUCAUAUUGCGAACCGACAAAGGACCGUUAUUUGGUUGAAUGGCGGCCCCGGAUGUAGCUCGAUGGAUGGCGCCUUGAUGGAGGUGGGACCCUACCGACUCAAGGAUGACCAUACAUUGGAAUACAACAAGGGCUCGUGGGACGAGUUUGCCAACUUGCUGUUCGUCGAUCAGCCGGUUGGUACGGGGUUCAGCUAUGUGAAUACGGAUAGCUAUAUUCAUGAGCUGGACGAGAUGUCGGCCCAGUUUAUGAUCUUCUUGGAGAAGUUCUUCCAGCUGUUCCCGGAGUAUGAGAGAGAUGAUCUCUACCUUGCCGGUGAAUCUUACGCUGGCAUGCAUAUCCCGCACAUCGCUACCGCUAUCCAAGCGCGCAACAAGGCCGCUGAGAAAGAAGGAAAGACGAAAUGGCCAUUGAAGGGGCUGCUGAUUGGCAAUGGCUGGAUCUCCCCCUAUGACCAGUCCCCCGCCUAUUUCGAGUUCGCUCAACGUAUGGGCUUGAUCAAGGAGGGAACUGAGUCCUACCGCCAGGUCGAGUCUCUGAACUCGGUCUGUCUGGCUGCACUGGAGGACCCGCGGAGCAAGGAUAUGGUCAACAUUCGCCAGUGUGAGGAUGUUUUGCAGGGACUGACCAGACUGACCACUAAGGAUGGCAAAUGUGUCAAUACCUACGACAUUCGCCUACAAGAUACAUACCCCGAGUGCGGUAUGAAUUGGCCCCCAGACUUGGUCAAUAUCACACCUUACCUUCGUCGCCAGGACGUGAGACAAGCCUUGAAUGUGAACCCUGCCAAAACGGCUGGCUGGAUGGAGUGUAAUUCUGCUGUCAGCUCGACAUUCCUGGCCUCCCAUUCGACCCCCGGCGUCAAGCUGCUCCCCGCCUUGCUCGAAUCGGACAUCAAUAUCCUCCUGUUCAGCGGUGACCAGGAUCUGAUCUGCAACCAUCUCGGCACAGAGACCCUGAUCCACAACAUGAAGUGGAAGGGUGCCACUGGGUUCGAAACGGACCCGGGCGUCUGGGCCCCACGCCAUGACUGGACCUUCGAGGGCGAGCCUGCCGGUAUUUACCAGUACGCCCGUAACUUGACCUACGUGCUAUUCUACAACUCCAGCCACAUGGUCCCCUUCGACCAGCCCCGUCAGACCCGCGACAUGCUAGAUCGCUUUAUGAGAGUCGACAUCGCCAGCAUCGGUGGCCGCCCCGCUGACUCGCGCAUCGACGGAGAAAAGCUACCCCAGACGUCGGUUGGCGGUCACCCUAACAGCACCGCCGCCGAGGAACAGGCGAAUAAGCAACUGAAGGAGACGGAACUCCACGCCUACACUAAGUCCGGCGAGGCUAUCCUCAUCGUUGUCAUCAUCGGUGUUACUGUCUGGGGCUUCUUCAUCUGGCGUUCUCGUCGUUCCCACCGUGGUUACCGUGGCGUCAAGAACCCCGACAUUCCAGGUGGAUCCGUUCUCGACCGCUUCCAUAAUAAGCGGUCAACUACAGAUGUCGAAGCUGGUGACUUUGAUGAGUCGGAGCUGGAUACUUUGCACUCUCCCGGCCUCGGCCGUGAGCAUCAUGUGGUUGGGGACGAUUGGGAUUUGAGUGGAGAUGAGGAUGAGUAUGAGGAGCAUCGACCGACUGGGAAACCUGGUGAUCACCGCCAGCCAUCGGCAUCAUCAUCGUAAUGAUAUCGGAACUCUGCAUCUUUUGGCGCGGUGGGUGGGGGGUUUGGUUUCCCGGUUGCCUCAUUCCGUGGGGUGUCUUAUUUUCUUUUUUUUCCCCGGGAUUGAUUGCGUGCAUCCGUGUAAAGUUGGGCGUAUAAAAUCAAGC